AUGACUCGCUUCCGACCAUGCAUAGACCUCCACGCGGGACAGGUUAAGCAGAUCGUGGGCGGUACGCUCGACAGCGACAACGCCACCAAGCUGCAGACCAACUUUGUAUCAGAGCAGCCCGCGGCACACUAUGCGCAAUUAUACAGAGACAACGGUCUCGAUGGAGCCCACGUCAUCAUGCUCGGGCCGGGCAAUGACGAGGCAGCGAAGCAAGCGAUUGGAGCUUGGCCCAAUGGGCUGCAGGUCGGCGGCGGCAUCAACGACAAGAAUGCAGCCGAUUGGAUUGCGGCUGGUGCUGAAAAGGUCAUUGUGACUUCGUUUUUGUUUCCCGGUGGGCAGUUUAGCCAGGGCCGAUUGGAUUCUAUCCUCAAGGUGUUGGGGGGCGACAAGCAAAAGCUCGUGAUUGAUCUAAGCUGUCGCCGGCGUGGCGAGGGCAAGUGGUUCGUCGCCAUGAACAAAUGGCAGACGAUUACGGACAUGGAGGUCAACGAAGAGUCCAUCAAGCAAUUGGAACCCUAUUGCUGCGAGUUUCUGAUUCACGCGGCGGACAAUGAGGGGCUACAGAAAGGGAUCGAUGAGGAGCUCGUAUCGCGCCUGGCCGAGUGGUGCUCCAUCCCCGUGACGUAUGCCGGCGGUGGUCGAAACUUGGACGACCUGGAACGCGUCAAGAAGCUCAGUGGAGGCAAGGUCGAUCUGACGAUAGGCAGUGCUCUGGAUUGCUUUGGAGGCAGCGGAGUCAAGUUUGACGACUGCGUUGAGUGGAAUAAACAGCAAUCAUAG